CGCUGGGGUGGGUGGGAGGUUCUCUGCUCGUCUUUAAAAUGUGCGAAUACUGCAGCAAGCAUACAGUGUGUGUAUGUGUGUGCCACGACCCAGAGAAAAGCACGGAUUAACAUUUAUAAAAACUUCUCUUCCGGCUGCUAACAGCAGAGAUGGCAGCCAUCCGGAAAAAGCUGGUGAUUGUCGGUGAUGGAGCUUGCGGGAAAACCUGUCUUCUUAUCGUUUUCAGUAAAGACCAGUUUCCUGAAGUCUACGUCCCGACAGUGUUUGAGAACUACAUCGCUGACAUCGAGGUUGACGGAAAACAGGUGGAGUUGGCGCUGUGGGAUACUGCAGGCCAAGAGGACUACGACAGGUUGAGGCCUCUCUCCUACCCUGACACAGACGUCAUCCUCAUGUGCUUCUCCAUCGACAGCCCCGACAGUUUAGAAAAUAUCCCUGAGAAGUGGUCGCCUGAGGUUAAGCACUUCUGUCCCAAUGUUCCCAUCAUCCUUGUGGGGAACAAGAAGGACCUGAGGAACGAUGAGCACACACGGAGAGAGCUGGCCAAGAUGAAGCAGGAGCCAGUGAAGGCAGAAGAAGGCAAGGACAUGAUCACCAGGAUCGGUGCUUUUGGCUACUUGGAGUGCUCCGCCAAGACCAAGGACGGCGUGCGGGAAGUUUUUGAGAUGGCCACUAGAGCAGCGCUGCAGGUCCGAAAGCGCACAAAGAGACGCGGCUGCCCGCUGCUGUGAGCAGACCGGACACCAGGAGAUCAGCUGACCAAUAGGAAAUAAAGAAUCCCAUUUAUAAAAAUUAAAAAAUAAAUAAAAAAAAGGACUUACCUUUUACUAAAUGG